AUGACAGCUGGAAGAGGUAAGGGCAAGUCAUCACUCUGCUCUGGCUUCCCUCUGAGCAUCCUCUUCAUCGUCGUCAAUGAGUUCUGCGAGCGGUUCUCCUACUAUGGCAUGCGAGCUGUGCUCGUUUUGUAUUUCAAGUUUUUCCUCCACUGGGAUGACAAUUUGGCCACAGCCAUCUACCACACGUUUGUUGCCCUGUGUUACUUGACACCUAUCCUUGGAGCAAUCAUUGCAGACUCUUGGCUGGGAAAGUUUAUGACCAUUGUCUCCCUGUCCAUUGUCUAUACGAUUGGACAGGCAGUCUUGUCUGUGGGUUCCAUAAAUGACCUGUCGGAUCACAACCGGGAUGGCUCUCCCGAUAAUGUACCAUUGCACAUUGCUCUGUCCAUGAUUGGCUUGAUCCUCAUUGCGCUUGGUACUGGUGGGAUCAAACCUUGUGUGUCAGCAUUUGGUGGAGAUCAGUUUGAAGAUGAUCAGGAAAAACAAAGAAGUACCUUCUUCUCUCUUUUUUAUAUGGCCAUUAAUGCUGGAAGUCUCAUAUCUACUAUAAUCACCCCAAGUCUCAGAGCUACAGAAUGUGGCAUUCAUACCAAACAGCGAUGUUACCCGCUAGCUUUUGGAGUUCCCGCUGUCCUGAUGGCUGUCGCCUUGAUCGUGUUUGUAGCUGGAAGCAGAAUGUACAAGAAAGUUAAGCCUCAAGGAAAUAUAAUGCUUCAAGUUUGCAAAUGCGUUGGAUUUGCCAUCAAAAACCGGUUUCGGCAUCGCAGCAAGGAGUUCCCCAAGAGAGAACACUGGCUGGACUGGGCUAGUGAGAAGUAUGAUAAACGACUGAUUGCUCAGACUAAGAUGGUGUUGAAGGUGCUUUUCCUUUACAUCCCUCUCCCCAUGUUCUGGGCACUUUUUGACCAGCAGGGAUCAAGAUGGACACUGCAAGCCACAGCAAUGAAUGGGGAUUUUGGUAUUGCAGUUCAACCAGACCAAAUGCAGAUUGUGAAUCCAAUCCUGAUUAUUAUAAUGGUCCCAGUUGUAGAUUCUUUGAUUUAUCCUUUAAUCAAGAAAUGCAAGAUCAAUUUUACGCCCCUGAAGAAGAUGACUGUUGGUAUGUUCCUUGCCUCUAUGGCUUUUGUUGCUGCUGCCCUUGUGCAAGUGCAAAUAGAUAAAACUACUCCAGUUUUCCCUGCAGCUGGACAAACACAAAUCAGAUUAAUGAACCUAGGUAAUGUUCCUGUAACAGCUCAGUUUCAACCUCAACUUCAGAGUGUGCAUGUAGCACCUAAGGAGGCGACAGACUACAUGAUAUUUGAGGCUUCUGAGCUGCAAUUAGACAUAACUUCUGGAUCGCUAAACGAAGCUCAUCUUUUGGAGGGCCUGCUAGAGGAAAAACGUUACACUUACGCAUUUCAAGUGUCUGGAACAGACAUUGUUUCUAGUUUGAUAUUGGACAAUGUUACAUCAAAACCAGAAGAAGGACAAAAUCUCAUCAGGUUUAUAAAUAGUGAUGUUUCUACUGUUGACAUUACUCUGGAUGAUGAGACUGUUGCAGUGCUGCCUCCUCUUAGUGCCAGUAAUUACACCACCAUUCCAGGAGGACACUCGCGAUAUACCAUUAAGAGUGAAACGUCCUCAUCCAUUUGUUCAGUUUUAUCAAAGAAAUUUGGAUUUGGCAGUGCCUAUACCAUUUCAAUCGAUGACUGUACUCAAGGCAUUCUUAAUAUAACAUAUUUUGAAGAUAUUCCACCCAGUUCAGUCCAUAUGGCGUGGCAGAUCCCUCAGUAUUUUCUUCUUACAUGUGGAGAAGUAGUCUUCUCUGUCACUGGGCUGGAAUUUUCAUACUCACAGGCCCCAUCUAAUAUGAAGUCAGUGCUGCAGGCAGGAUGGCUGCUGACUGUGGCUGUUGGUAACAUAAUUGUCCUUAUUGUAGCUGGAGCAUCCAAACUCAGCAAGCAGUGGGCAGAGUAUGUGCUGUUUGCUGCCUUGCUGUUCGUAGUUUGCAUCAUUUUUGCUGUCAUGGCUACCUUUUAUACCUAUGUUGAUCCAAAUGAGAUUGAAGCCCAAUUUGAUGAGGAAGAAAAGAAAGCUAAAAAGGAUCAAGAUGACCGUGAAAAGGAAGCUGAAGCUGAUUCUAAAAUGUAG